AGAGAGAGAUAGAGUGCGCGUGUAUGUGCCCGUGCGUGCGAGUGCCCCCGUGUGCGUGAGCGCGCGCGUGGAGCCGAUCCCUAUAAGAGGCGCCGCCGCUCUCCGCCUGCUCGCACACCAAGUCCGGCAGAGCUCUUCGCGCCGGCAAGCAGCCAGGGUCCUCCUCCUGCACGUGAGACGCAACACUCCUCCGCCGACACAGUCGCACUCACCGGACGCUGCACUACGGCAACCUCGGCGCUCGACUUUGCACCUGCUCUCGAAACGCCUCUCGAGCAGCGUCAAUUCGCAAUUUCGCAUUCAUCGAGUUUGGCGCCGCGCUUUGGGCAAUCGGCAGCAGGCAUGGCCGUGUACCUCGCCCUGUGUCUCGGCGCGCUCUGGGCGCGACCCAUCGCCGGCGGACCCCCGCACCCCAACGCCAUCAAGGGUCUCGGGACCCCCGACGGGGUCGCCGCUUCUCUACGGCCCGGCACUUUCCCCGGGCAGCAGCAGCAGGCGAAGAACCACGCGGCCGACGAGACUCACGGAGUGGAAUGUGCACGUGAUGUAGACUGCUCACGGGACAUGUUCUGUGGUGGCAUGCGACUGGGAAGCCACGUUUGUGUGGCAUGUCGUCGGGUUGGCAAGCGCUGCCACCGACACCAAAUGUGCUGCUUGGGCAGCCACUGCGAGCAAGGUACCUGUAUUGUCAUGACAACGGAAUCAUCAGAGGAAGAGGAAGUGAAAAGUUUGGAACCAUCACAACUGCCACCUUCUGCCACAGUGAACUUACACCAGGGGGAGGAGGGCUCCGCGUGCCUCCGCUCGUCCGAGUGCGCCGCGGGCCUCUGCUGCGCGCGCCACCUGUGGUCGCGCGUGUGCAAGCGCGUGCUCGCCCUCGGCGAGGCGUGCUCGCGCCGCGCCAGACCCAAGGGGUCGCGGGGCCUGGAGCUCUUCGAGCGCUGCGACUGCGGCCCGGGGCUCGCCUGCCGGCCCACGAGAGCCGUCUCUCCAGCCGGCGGGCCCGAGAGAGACGGGCGGCGCGGCGCCUCGGGCCGCGGGAGAAGUCGCGCGGCGGCAGCCACGGUUGGCGGUCACGAAAAGACCAUCGACGGCGUGGCCGGCGGUGGCCACCCGACACGGCUGCUGCAUGUGUGCCACGCGGUAUAACAGAGUGACAGUGGGGAGCGCGAAUGUCGUGGUUAGGCCACUUGCACUACAAGCCGGCAACUUGAAUUUGCUUCCCACUUCACGGCCAACAUUGGUGAUGGAACAUCUGAAAUGGUCCCGGGCCCAUCCCUAGAUUGGCUCGGCUGUGUGUAAAACAAUAGCGUCGGGGGAGUCCAAGACGGCAGGUGCUGGCCACCCCCUCGUGUGCCGGAACGACCUAAAUAAGAUGCUCAUAACAACAUUUGUCCGUUGAGUACGUUUAGGGUUUAUAUUGAGGAUCUUUGUCUUUCCCACUGAACCCAUUGACCUCUGGCCACGAGAUGGAUUGAUGAUGCUAGGUAUCACUGAUAAUGCAGGUUGACCUAUACAUAAUGCAACUAGGCAAUACCUACUGGUCGAUGUUAGUACUUAUGUUCAGUUUAGUUUCCAUAAGUGGUCACUGACAGAAUUCGAACACAGACGUGAGAACACUUGCAGCGCCCAGCACUCAAUUGAACUCGGCAAAUGCAUGGCAUCUUUGCAGAGGUAUUCAUCUUUUACCGAUACGCCUUAACAUUGUCGGUGCGAGAACGCGCCCGCCGACUUUAAACGCCGCUCUCCCUGUAGCGUCGUUGUCCCAGCGUGUUCACGCCACGUGCUCGAUUUAAAGUGCAGGGAUCGCCACUCACUUGGCUCGCCGUAGAUUUCGCUGAGCCGACAAGGAGGGAAGCCCCUGUGCCUAAACGUGUGCUGCAUUAAAUCAAUGCAAGUAGUCGAGUUCCCCAAGCGCUGGCCACUGAAUGAUGCUCUGUGUCCAGAGCAAAUUGGUGACCAUUGACUAAAACGACUGAUAACUUUCAGGCUACACAUGGAGGCUCAACAGAACCGAGGUUAUGAGUGCUGACAAAGGUUGUCGUUCUCACAAAUAUUUCCCCAAUGGCCAACCACACAUGUCCCUUCACUCCUUCAGUUCUAACUCCUGUCCAGUAUAUAUUUACAUCACCAAAAGAACCUUUGAAACAAGUCCCUUAUUAUAAGAGUUGUACAGACACCACUAACGGGAACAUAUCUCUGUUGUCUGUUACAGUUUAGUAAUAGCAAUAUAGGUAGGUAUCUCUCGAUUUACGAAGGUUCGGUUUACGAUGUUUCGCGUUGACGCAAUUUGUAAAAUUAUGGAAUACUUAUCGAUCUACCAAAUCGAAUUUCCGCGGAAACGAAAUUUCUCACGGCACGCGUCAUGAGCUAUUCAAGCAGCACCCCGUGGUGCUACGUCAUCCAUCCUCUGCAGUGACGGAAUCCCUCCAGCGCAAGUGACGCCUCUACAGGACCUUUCCCGUCAUUCCAACAUUAAUCUUUCGGCGAGUUCCUUUAAAUGGUUGUUUGUUUUAAAUUAUUCAAUCGUUUUAAUGUGUCAUUUUUUUUGUAUUGUUAAAAAAGUGAUAUACUGUAGGUGUAUAUUUUAGGUUCGGAGUAGUUGGAAUGACUGUCCAAAACACAGCCCUCAAUUUUUGUAUUAAUGGGAAAAGCCAUUCCGAUUUACGAAAUGUCGUUUUAUGCGUGUUUUUUUUUAAAGAACGCACCCAUUUCGUCAUCAAAGGUUAGCUGUAGAGCUUUUCUUUACCAGUGGUGUUUAUAGAUUCAAACGCAAGUGUUAAAUAUCAUGUAAAUAUAUUAAGUAGGGUUAGUAAGUUUGCAUUUGUUUUACUUUGGCUGUAUGCAUGUUCAGUUUUGUGAUGUAUUACGACAUGAUUAAUUUAUCAGGUUUUAGUAUUUCAGUCAUUAGAAAAUAUAGGCAAACCUAAUCUAUUUUCACACAAACUAUUGACAGUUUUCACAGUACAUAGUUUGUUGUCGAAAUACAAAGAUAUGAAACACAAAUCUAACCAUCAAGCCCUUGGACUUGCACAUUACACGAGUGGCAUUAGUGUUACAUAUCCAAAUGUUUGUGCAUUCAAAUGCAUUUAACUUAUUUGUUCAAUGGACGUUCGAUAACAUUAUUAACAAGAGACCCCUUCCUACUUUUCACAGCGGUCUUCCGGCACUAGUGAGAAUAGAUGAGGCUCGCCUAAUGUGUGCUGACUUCAGUUAGUAUACUGUAGAUGUGUGUGAUGGUUCAAGUUGCAGUGAGCAUAUAUUCAUUUAUUACCUUCUGGGGUGUACGUGACAGUGGGCUCACACAAUUGAAGGCAAAUAUUUCUUUGAAUUCAUCUCAGCUCAAUAAACCAAUACAUUCGUUUGCUUGCACAAGUAUAUCCGGAACUAAAUUCAGGAAUGCUGGCAAGUGCAAUCAUGAAUCAGUGAAAUUAAACUUAACAGACUAAGGGAACAUUAAGCUUGUUCCACAUAUUUAUGAUUAAUAUCGUGUAGUUUUCAUAUUUAUCACUAUUUGAAAAUAUUUAAAUUGUAAUAAGAUAUUGGUGGAUGAAACUGUUACAUUUUAACAGGCUAUACAAACUGAAUGCACAAUCGCACAUUUGUGCCAGGCUAUAAUCAGAAGCAUAAGGUCUGUAUGGUGUAGCCCAAGCAAAUUCCCUAAUGCUUCAUUUUUAAUGAAGGCCAGCCUUGGGAAGAUGCUUUUUUGUACACGACCAUGUGCUUAUUAUUCACACAUGCUAAAGACUUUCACACAUUUGACUUCAAAAGCCUUCCAAUAUAAUUCUUGACUUACAGCUUUCGUGACUGCAGGAAUUAAUAUUCUUUCGGUCUUUCGGUAAAGUCACGUAGAUAGGUUCUAAUUUUAUUUUCUUUGAUCCCUAUCUACGUAACUUUACCGAAAGACCCAAAUAAUAUAACCUUCCAAUAUAGCUUAUUGUUAUUCUAGCAGGUAUAAAUAUAUGAAUUCGAUAUUUAAAUAAAAACAAUUGUAAGGAAUUGGACAAACAUUUGAAGCAGGUUCUUUCAAUAAGUAACGAGGCUCAAUGACGAUUUUCUGGUUAAGCCGAUGGAAAUGUAAUUAUGUUCGAUGCAAGCCCACGUGUAGUUGCUCGUGUCAUCGUGAACUGAAAGUGGCAUAUAUAUGCAUGCACGUCAGUCUGUUUUAUGACUGC